AUGACGCUCGAGGAUUUCGAAAAAUCCCUUGCCGAGGAGCGCGAGAAGGAGAAGAGGCAUGAGAAGAGUGAUAGGGAGAAACAUCGGCAUCGGCAUCGUGACGACCGCGACAGGGACCGAGAUAGAGAUCGGGAUCGAAGUAGAGAGCGUCGGCAUCGGCACCAUCGGUCUCAUCGACACCGUUCAAGGUCUGGAGAGAGGGAAUCGCGGCAUCGGGAUGACGAUGGUCACCGGCAUAAGCGGUCGCGGCAUACAUCCGAUCACGACGACCGGGAGCACAAACGUCGGCACCGGGAAAGUCGCGGCGAGGAGAAGGAAGCUCCGGUAGCGGAGGUUGUCCAGGAAGAGCCUACGAAGUUGAAGCGCGAUGCGUGGAUGGAAGCGCCCUCCGCGCUAGACAUCGAUUAUGUUCACCGACGCGACACGACGCGGUUAGAGGAGGAACCGAAGGCGCAGAUGCUACAAGCCGACUUUGAGCUUAAAAUCCAUGAUCGCGAACUGAAUGCACAUUUGCGGGAUCUGAAGGAUGGAAAAGUGCUUGAGGAGAUUGAGAAUGAGCCUGCAGCCCACGAGGUCAACUAUACAUUCGGUGAUAGGGGCUCAGGAUGGAGGAUGACGAAGCUCAAGGGGGUGUAUCGGGAAGCGGAAGAGAGUGGACGGCCUGUGGAAGAAGUUGCUAUCGAGCGCUUCGGCGACCUUCGUUCCUUCGACGAUGCCCGCGAGGAAGAGGCCGAGUUGGAUCGCCGGGAGACGUACGGAGAGGGUUAUGUCGGGAAAGAGAAACCGUCGGGAGAACUCUUCCAGGAGCGAAAGCUAAAAGAGAAUGUUCAUCGCGAUCCGCAUGAACAUCUCCGGGAUCCGGAGAAGGAGUUUAGUGCUCGUGGGCAGGGAAUGACCAUGGAGACGGAGCCUCCCGUGCGAACUACGCAACAUCUCGACUUGACAGCGCUGAACAAGCUGAAGGCGCAGAUGAUGAAAGCAAAACUCAAGGGUGCGCCGGAUGCAGCUGAGCUCGAAGCGAGAUAUAAUGCCGCCGCUGCCUUGAUAGCGAACCAAAAGGAACCGGACGUUACGGUUCUAGGAGUCAUGGAGAACAGGAUGCUUGCUGGGAAGCGGAAUGAGGUUAAGGCUGUCGAGACGAGGCGAGGCUUGGAACGAGGAAAGGUGGAGGAGAACGAAGAUAUGACAAUUGAGGAUAUGGUGCAAGAGGAGCGCAGGACCCGCGGCCAGUUUGGCGGAGAGGGACGACGUCUUGCGGAACGGAUAUCCAAAGAUGCGAAGUUCGAGGUAUUUUUGCCAUGA